GGACAACAUUGUUGCCGGCCGGAGCUUCGGCCAUGAUGUAUUGCUUGCUACUGCUUCUCUGAACCAUGCUCGUCUCACGCUUCUUCCCCUCGAAAAGAAAUAAGGGAAAGGAAAAGAAAAAAAAAAGUCUUGAAAGCUAUCUCUUCAACGUGGAAUCUCUUCGUCGAGAAUCCAGAUUUCCCGCGUUGCUUGCACUCUCCCUCCGAAUGCCCUCUUCUCUGUCCGUGAUGUCGGCGCUUUGGUUAUAGCUUCUGCACUAAUCAACAGCUCCCGAUGGGUUCACUCGGAAGCCUCCUUUUCGUGUACAUACUCGGCGGCAUCACCUUAUUACCGUUAAUCCUCGCUCUGAUCCUCCUAUAUGUCUAUCUGACCUCCCCAUCCGUUUCCCCGCAGAACUCCGAACGAGAAUACGCAGGGGCUCGAGACGACCUCCGCCAUCCCUCCGAUGACCAGUACAGCCUGAAAUCUGGCACGGAUGAGCUGGCGGAGCAGUUCCAUCGUACCUACGAGUCCGACGUCGCCGCUGGGUAUUUCGCCGUCUGUCGUGAGUAUGUGCCUGGCGGGGUCAAUGGGAAGCCUCCCGAGAGGACAACGCCUGCUGGGGAGGUGAUUGCCGCAGAAAGUCCCAGUGUUUAUCAGACUAUGUACCGAAGCUUGUUCGAUCGGAAGCAAGCGCCGAGUAUUGAGCCGGUUAAGGGUAAUGGUAAGAACUUGAAGAAGGCGAGGAAUGUGUUCUAUAUUGUUCUGAGGUAAAUAACUUUGCCCUUUUGUGCUAUUUUGCUUUUGCUUUUGCUUUUGCUUUGAGUGUCAUUAUGGAGUUAGUUGUCUGGACCUCAUUAGUGACAAUAUACUUCUGCUAGACAUGGCCAUUUGAUGCUCUAUGACGAUGCACACCAGGUUGAGGUGCGACAUGUAAUUUCCCUCGCGCAUCACACUGUGAGUAUCUACGGUGGAGAGGGUGAGAUACAGGAAGGCGAAUUAUGGAUCAAGAGGAAUGCAAUCUGUCUCUCGCGACGACUGGAUUCCCUCGGCGAUCUUGGAGGACCGACUCCCCCCUUCUAUUUGUUCUCGGAGAAUCUGUCAGAGAAGGAAGACUUCUACUUUGCCAUGUUGCAGAACCAGGGAAAGAUGGGAAAUAACCCAGACUUGCCUCCCAAGUCUCAGCAGUUCGAUGUCAAGCAUAUUGUUACCCUCGUCCAGCGCUUGCAUUCCUCCGAGGAACAGCUGCAGACACGAUGGGUCAAUGCUGUGCUGGGUCGAUUGUUCCUUGCCUUAUACAAGACACCCCAAAUGGAGGAAUUUGUGCGCAAGAAAAUCACGAAAAAGAUAUCUCGCGUUAAGAAACCCAACUUUGUUAGCAAGAUCGGCCUUCAGAGGAUCGACAUGGGAGAGGAAGCUCCCUUCAUAACUAACCCACGACUCAAGGAUUUGACUGUGGACGGAAAUUGUUGUGUUGAAGCCGACCUUCAGUACUCGGGGAACUUCCGGGUUGAGAUUUCAGCCACUGUGCGUAUUGAGCUGGGGUCUCGCUUUAAGGCGAGAGAAGUCGAUCUGGUCCUUGCGGUGGUGCUGAAGAAGCUCGAGGGUCAUGGAUUGCUACGCUUUAAGCCACCCCCAAGCAAUCGCUGUUGGAUUUCAUUCGAGUCGAUGCCACAUAUGGUGAUGGAUAUAGAGCCCAUUGUCAGUUCGAAGCAGAUCACUUUGGGCAUUGUUCUUCGUGCCAUUGAAAGCAGAAUCAGAGAAGUCGUCGCCGAGAGCAUUGUACUUCCUUUCUGGGAUGAUAUCCCUUUCUUGGAUACUAGUUCCCAAUCAUUUCGGGGCGGAAUCUGGGAACAAGAGAUACCCAAGCCGAAACCCGAACCGGAAAUACCAUGUGAACCCGAGGAGCAGCCUCCAAGUCACGGUGCUGUCGAGGAGGAUCCGGUUGCGAUGCUUAAGAGAAAAGAUGAACGUGUCAUGAGCGUGCCCACUCUUCAUGCGUCUUCGUCAACCGUGCUCAAAUCGAGACGCACCUCGAAAUCGUCAAUUCGGGAGCAUCUGAGUAACUCAAAUGGGACUUCAUCAGCAAUCGAUAAAUCAGCAAGUAACAUGCAGCAGUUUCCACCAGCGAUGCGGGCACAGACUUUCUCCAACACUGCAGAUCCUGUGGUUACUGCAGAUACUGCCAAGGUUGAUAAACCUGUGCGUGAUAGCAAAUCUAUUGAGCAGAGUAUUGCAACAAGCGCAAUGAUCGAGAUCUCAAGCCGCUCUCCGCCGUCUUCGCCGAAUAGGACACCUAAUGGCUCGCCGCCCAAGGACGGUCUAAUCACUCCAGGCAGCGCACCUCAGAGCUCUGGCUCUUCUAUAAACGAGACAUUCAAGAGCACCAGAGAAACUAGUGCCCAUGACCCUCUUCAGCGUCCUUCGUCAGUCCAUGUGAGAACGAGUUCUAGUAGUCUGGAAGAUGCAAAUGGCGCCUCCGGCUUGUCAAGGCCAAAAGAGAAACCUCGUCGGCGGAGUACGCUGGAGAACCUUACAAAGUCUAUAAAUUCUUCGUCCUCCUCUGAGGAGAAAACACUGGGUACUCUCUCCAUCGGAGCGGCCACCGCCGUGGCGAAGAAAUGGGGAUGGAAUAUGUUCGGGAAGGGAGAUCAUAAUUCCAAUCAUCCUAAUAAUCAUUCCAGCCAGGAAGGACCCAGGCCUGCAGGCACUCCGGAGGACCCGAUCGGUCGUGGCCAUCCUUUCCCACCUCCUGGCACUCCAUUACCCACUCCGGAGAGGUUCACUUCCAAAAGAAAUCACCCAUUGCCCAAACGCAAACCGGUACCUGUACAAUCGUUCCGCGAGCAUUCAAAGCCAGAGAAUAAGCGAACGCCGGCUUCCAAACCGUCGACGCCCAAGCGCAAGCCGGUGGCUAACUCUGAUCUGCCGGAGGGCCAACAACAACCGGUUGAGUUGCUGGUGGUCGAGGCGCCUGAAGAUUCAUGUCCCAACAGCCCGGCUACGGAGGUGAACGAAAAUGCGGAUCUCAUGAAGCAACUUUCGACAGACGAUGUGUCUGUUCAGAGGGAUAACAGAUCUGACAGAAAUCAUGAUUUGCAUGAACACAACCAGGACGCAGAUGACCGGCACCACCAUGAGACCCUUAUCCCUUGUCUUGCAUCGGAAAGUGCGGAGAUUCUGUCGGAGAAUGGAGUGGCUGUGUAACAGACGCAGCAUUAAUGGCACACGCAUACGCAUACGUGGAAACUAGCAUCUGCAAUGGACUAUUUGGCGGUCUUUGUGCAGACGUGUUGACUGACUCUAGGUAUACUCAUUUCUUUCCCCUCUGUGGGUUGUAGAAUUUCUGUGGCGUUCAAGGGGAUACACCAAGUUAUUUGCUCGACUAACUGGCCAUUGCCAGUCCCCUAAUUGAGAUGAUCUUUCGGUAUGGGACUAUUGGGAGUAACGGGGGAAGGCAACUGGCGUCUUUAUUUUAUUCUGGAUUUGGAGUAGGGAGUAGCACAUAUAUUCAAUUCCUUCAAAAGAAC